AUGCGCACUAACAGGUCUCAUUUCACAUGGACGAACAAGCAAUCUAACGAGGAUAGAAUUUAUUCUAAACUGGACAGGGUUUUUAUAAAUGAAGGGUGGGUGGAUCUAUUUCCUCAUACAGUAGCUGUGGUUAAUUGGGAUUUACUUUCAGACCAUUGCUCUUGUAUUAUUAAAUCUGAGCCUGCUGUUAACCAAGGUAGUCGUCCAUUCAGAUUUUUUAACCUUUGGACAGAGCAUGAUAGGUUCCUAGCUGUAGUGCUUCAGAGCUGGAAUAGGCCUUGCAAAGGUAAGGGGCUGGGGACUAUAGUUCAGAAGCUGGGCAUACUUCAACAUGUCUUACGCCACUUUAAUAAAUAUUAUGUGGGUGAUGUUGCUAAGAACUACACUGAUGCUAAGGAGAAGUUCCAAGAUGCCAAUUUGACUCUCCAAAAGGAUUCACACUCUACUGAGUUACAAAAUAAGGAGAGAAUUGCAGGGGAGUUAUUUGCUAAGCAUGCCAAAACUUAUGACAGCUUUCUUAGACAGAAAAGUAAAGUGAAUUGGCUUCGCCAUGGUGAUGACAACACAGCGUAUUUUCAUGCGUGCCUAAAACAACGAAAGGCAUCUAAUCAGAUCACUUCUUUCAUCAAUGAUUCAGGUCAGUUGGUUGAGAGUUUUGAUGAUGUUGUAGACCAUUUUGUGAGCCAUUUUCAAAAGAUAAUGGGGAGUCCGAGUAGUGCUACAAUGCCAAUUCAGAAUUCUUGCUUCAGCUUGGGUCAUAGACUUUCUGUGGACCAGCAGAUUGGUCUCAUAAAACCUUUUACUAGGAAGGAGGUGGAAGAUGCUUUGUUUAGUAUUCAUGCUAUUAAAAGUCCGGGUCCGGAUGGGUAUGGCUCGGGAUUCUUUAAAGCUAUGUGGAAGGAUUUGGGAGCGGAAAUUUCUGAGGCGAUUCUAGGUUUCUUUGAGAAGGGUAUUCUGCCUAAAGAGCUAAAUAUGGCAACCAUUACUCUGAUUCCUAAGGUUGAUACCCCUACCAAAGCAGUCGAUUUUCGUCCCACAGCUUGCUGUAAUACCAUUUAUAAAUGCAUAUCUAUGCUUUGUGGUAGAUUGUCGACAGUCCUUCCUAGUCUCAUUAACCAAAAUCAAGGAGCGUUUGUGCAAAAAAGGAUUCAAGGGGGUUUUAAAGGUGAAAAGGGGUUGAGACAAGGAGACCCUAUUUCUCCAUUAUUGUUUGUUCUUGUGAUGGAAUAUUUCACUAGGCUUCUUAGUCAAGCAGCCCUUAAUAAGGAAUUCCGGUUUCACCCAAGCUUGGCUUCUGGUUUAUCAGCCAACAUGGAGAAGUCUCAAGUGUACUUUGGGGGCCUGGCUGAUAGUGAGAUAAAGCUACUGCUUCAGAAAAUUCAGUUUAAUGAAGGGUGCUUUCCUCUCAGAUAUUUGGGAGUGCCUCUUCGCACCACCAAAUGGAAGGCGAGAGAUUGUGCUUUGAUUAUUAAAAAGAUUCAACUCAAGCUUCAUAGCUGGUCGAGUCGGCACUUAUCAUUUGCAGGAAGGGCUCAACUGAUCAACUCUGUUCUUCUUAGCAUUAGGAUGUUCUGGAUGAGCAUUUUUAUUCUGCCCAAGAGUGUUCUCAAGGAAGUAGACCAGCUGUGUAGGAACUUUCUUUGGGGGCGUAAGGACAGUAGUAGCAAUCGUUGCAAGAUGCAUUUUACAUAUUGGGAUCGAGUGUGCUUGCCCAAAUGCAUGGGGGGUCUUAGAUUUAAGCAUGGGGUUACUUGGAACAAAGUUCUUCUUGCUAAAUUUGUGUGGGCUGUGUCUUCUAAGAAAGAUAUCUUGUGGGUGAAAUGGAUUGACUCCAUUUACCUUAAGGGGCAGGAGUUUUGGAACCAUAAAGUCCAACAAGAUGCGAGUUGGUAUUGGAAGAAAAUAGCUAAUAUGAGGGAUAUUUUUUCUUCUCAAGUCUUGGAUGAAGCAGUCAAAAAUAACAAGAUUUAUGUGAGAGUUCUCUGUAAUAGGUUGCUGAAUAUUAGCAAAGUUUAUUUUGCUAAUGUGGUUUGGUGUUCCCUAACAGUACCUAAACAUAGGUUUAUCUUUUGGCAAGCUGCUCUUGGUCACCUUCUUACACGAGACAAGCUUCAGCAAUGCCAUUUUCAAUUACCAUCUGCUCUGUGUCCGGUCUGUGAAGAAGUUUCGGAGUCUCACUCUCAUCUAUUUUUUGCUUGUUCGUUCUCUCACCAACUGAGAUCCAGAAUGGAGAGCUGGCUGGGAAGGGACUCUUGGCCGAGAAGGUAUGAAGACUGGCAUACUUGGAUGUUGGGCAAGCCUAAGGGUCUGUUGCAAAGAGUUUAUGCUGCUUCAUUGGUAGCUGCUGUGUAUUUGAUUUGGAGAAACAGAAGUAAAUGUUUGUAUGAUUUAAACUCUUGGUCUGUUGAUUUUAUUAUGCAGCAGAUUAGAUAUUCUGUGAAGGUUAAGCUUACUAGACAUCCUAAGCUAAAGUUAAAUCAUAGGGAUUUAGCUGUUUUUAAUUACCUGAUGCAUUUGUAA